AUGGUGUACAAACGAUUGUCUAGGGACUGUCCACCUUAUAUGUCCCAAAUGCUCGUAAGAAAUGCAGACAUAAAUGAAAGAUCAAGCAGACAUAGAGAACUAAACCUCGUCUGUCCCACAUUCAAACAGGAGUCAGAGGGAGUGGACUCGAUCAGGUAUAGAUCUCUUGAUCACUUACAAGACCCUAAGUACGAAGUUCUUUGGGCGUGGUUAAGACCAAAACGACUCCUGCGCGGGACACCCUGCGUUACCACGGCCACGAUAUACCAUCCGUUCUUCAACGACAGCGCCAGAGACACUGCUUUGUUGGACUAUCUAUCAGCAUCCUUGACUCCUGUUGAGGGAGAAUUCCCAGGUUGCGGGAUUCUACUCUGCGGCGAUUUCAGUCGGCUAAAGUUGAAUCGUUUAGCUGCACAAUUUGGACUGCGGCAACUGGUCAACAAGCCCACUAGGGGUGAUCAGAUCCUGGACUUGGUUUUCACCAACCAACCAGAUUUGUACGACAUAAAUUCCGUUCAGAUUGUACCGCCGUUUGGUUUAUCGGAUCACAAUGUUGUCUUCGUGCACCCAACAGUUCGUGCUCCAAGGGAAGGCCCAAGUAGAAGAACCCUUUCCAAGCGGGACACUCGGGCCAGUCGCACGUCCGAGCUUGGGCGUUUCCUCGCGUCUAUCGACUGGUCAGUGGUUAACGAAGCAUCUAACUGCGAGGCUAAAUUGGCGCUGUUUACGGAUUUCAUCAAAAUUGGUCUCGACCACUUAAUGCCGGUUAAACAUGUCAGACUUCACCUGAGUGAUCCCCCGUGGGUUACUGAGCGGUUCAAGAGCCUCAUUAAGCACCGUCAACACGCCUUCUACAAUGGAGACAUGGAUCAAUACCGGCGAUAUCGAAAUGACGUCAACCGCACGCGUAAGUCACUUCGCAGUAAAUACUAUGCAAGUAAACUCGGGGACAUUUUCGAUCGCCUAAGUGACGUGGAACUAGCUAACGCCAUCAACUUAGUGUUCUUAGAACCCAUGAAGCAUUACCAACCCCUAUACGCUGUCCCUACUGUAGUGGAGGACUCCGAUAUGCCUUUAAUUACGGAAAUUGAUGUCCUACACGCUCUAAUCAAUCUAAACCCGAGGAAGGCAGCUGGACCUGACGACAUCGGUAACUGGCUUUUGAGGGAAUAUGCAGUUGCGGAAGAUUUGGUGGUACUUAGAUACGUCAGUCCAGCGGUGUUGCAGAUCAUAGACCCGAACCAAUAUGGCGGUAUUCCAAGAUCCUCCACCUUGUACGCUCUGAUUUCCAUGGUACAUAACUGGUCACAAGCCACUGAUGCCACAGGCACAGCUGUUAGAGUGGUAUUUUUCGACUAUCGUAAGCCUUUUGAUAUUAUUGAUCACAAUUUGCUGGCCAGAAAGAUCAAAGCCUUGGACAUGCCACGGUGGGUUCGCGUCUGGGUGCUGGAUUUUCUGUCAGACAGGAAACAACGUGUCAGGUUGUCAUCAGACUGCAGGUCAGAGGGGGGCUCAGUCCCCGCCAGGGUACCACAGGGGACCAAGCUUGGUCCCGGGUUGUUCUUAUUUAUGAUCAACGAUCUUGAGGUCGACGCGCUCACUUGGAAGUAUGUAGACGACACAACUAUCGCCCAAACGAAACCGCGAGGUUUGACCAGUGAUGCACAAAGCGCAGUUUCCGCUAUUGAGGCGUGGUCGAUCGAUAAAUAG